AUGUCCAACAAGGCUGCAGCUCUAGGGGAAAUGACAGGAAAGAUUCAGAAUGCUGGUUGUGUAUUUAAAUACAAAAUUUUUGGCGAUGAGGAAAAGGAGGAUGAAGUGGAGGAGGUGGAUGAAGACGACAGUGACGAAGAAGAGGAUGAAGAGGACGAGGUCAUCAAUGAGGAAGUGAAUAUUGAAUUUGAAGCUUAUUCUAUUUCAGAUAAUGAUUAUGAUGGAAUUAAGAAGUUAACUACAGCAGCUUUUCCUAAAAGCCCCUACAGCGAUGACGAUGUGGAUGAAGACGAGAUUUUUGGUUUCAUAAGUCUCUUAAAUUUAACUGAAAGAAAGGGUACCCCAUGCGCUGAGCAAAUUAAGGAGUUGAUUCUGCGCCUCUGUGAGAAGAAUUGUGAGAAGAGCACGGUUGAGCAGCUGGACAGGCUCUUCAAUGACACCGCCAGGCCUGUGGGCUUUCUGCUGAGCGAGAGGUUCAUUAACGUUCCUCCACAGAUUGCGCUGCCCAUGCACCAGCAGCUUCAGAAAGAACUAGCAGAGGCACACAGAACUAACAAGCCAUGUGGGAAGUGUCACCUCUACCUUCUGAUUAGCAAGACGUUUGUGGAAGCAGGAAAAAGCGGUUCCAAAAAGAGACGGAGCAGCCAAAACAAAGAGUUAAUGUUUGCAAAUGCGGAAGAAGAAUUCUUCUACCAGAAGGCAAUCCUGAAGUUCAACUACUCAGUGCAGGAGGAGAGCGACAGUGUCUGGGAGGCCGAUGGUCCUUUGAUGAUGUGCCAAUGA